CAGGGGGAAUCGUAAGACAUCGUACUAGUGUAGUCAUACGUGUAUAUGCAUAUUACGUAAGCAAGUAUUGCCGAAAUCUUCACAGCUCAGGCAGUCACACGGAAGUGUUGAGGAAAAUGGCUCUACUCAAGCAAUUGUUUGCAUUUCGACCCAGCAUGCUCCAGAGAUGUGUUGGUGGAAUGCUAGUACAGGAGUCAAGAUUGAUCUCCACUUCAGUUUGUCAAAGAGCCGAUGCAAGUGGCCAGGAAACAAGCCAGAAAGCCAAGACAGGUAUCAUGAUGUUGAACAUGGGUGGUCCAGAGAACACUGAUGAAGUCCAUGACUUUCUUCUUCGUCUCUUCAUGGACAAGGAUAUCAUUCCUCUACCAGCUCAGAGUAAAUUGGCACCCAUCAUAGCCAGACGAAGAACUCCCAAGAUCCAGGCCCAGUACAAGAAGAUUGGAGGAGGUUCUCCUAUCAAGAAAUGGACCAAGUUACAAGGAGAAGGGCUUGUGAAAUUACUAGACAAACUAUCACCUGAAACAGCUCCACACAAGUACUACAUUGGUUUCAGAUAUGUGAACCCACUCACAGAAGAUACUAUAGACCAAAUGGAAAGAGAUGGCAUAGAGAGAGCGAUUGCGUUCACACAAUACCCUCAGUACAGUUGCUCAACAACAGGCAGCAGUCUGAACGCAAUCUACAGACACUAUGCCAAGAACCCAGAGAUGGUGGCUAACAGUACAAUGAAAUGGAGCGUCAUAGACAGGUGGCCAGUGAAUGCAGGGCUUGUAGAGGCCUUCAGUCAACAUGUACAAGCAGAACUUGAAAAAUUUCCUGCAGAUGUAAAAGAUGAUGUAGUCAUCCUGUUCUCUGCCCAUUCACUUCCUAUGUCAGUAGUGAACAGGGGUGACCCGUACCCUGCAGAGGUGGGUGCAACGGUCCAGAGGGUCAUGGAGAGACUCAAUUUCUCACAUCCCUACCGACUAGUAUGGCAAUCAAAGGUUGGUCCGCUACCAUGGUUAGGCCCACAGACAGAUGAUGCCAUGAAAGGUCUGUGUAAGAAUGGCAAGAAGAACAUGCUACUUGUUCCUAUCGCCUUUGUCAAUGACCACAUAGAGACCUUGCAUGAGCUAGACCUGGAAUACGCCACCGAGCUUGCUGAAGAGUGUGGUGCAGAGCAUGUGAGAAGAGCACCAUCUUUAAAUGAUAGUCCUAUCUUCAUUGAGGCCAUGGCUCAUCUUGUGAGUGAUCAUCUCAAGUCCGGGCAGGUGUGUUCCAGACAGCUCUCCUUACGUUGCCCCAUGUGUGUCAACGAAGUCUGCGGCAAGACCAAGCAGUUCUUUGCUUCCCAGAAGCUAUGAGCAAUGUGAAAGGAGCUAUGAACAACGUGAAAGGAGCUAUAAACAACGUGAAAGGAGCUAUGAGCAACGUGAAAGGAGCUAUGAGCAACGUGAAAUGAUUGCUCUUACUCUCAUGUAGGGAUUUAGCCAAAGAUUGUAUGUAGCUUAGGAUUUGGGGGAUGAGGUGUGCGGGGGCUCGAUCGUCAACCGCUUUGAGGUCAGCUGGGCAGGAGUGACAGAGAGGUAUAGGGGAUGAGGAGGGAUCUGUUUCCUUCCGUGUGCCCCGAUUGGAACGAGCACAACUAUAUUUCUUUUGACAUUGGAUUGUAGGAGAAAAAGAAAUGAAUGUGUACUGUGUUAACAAUAUCAAGAGUAUUUUGAAGCAAGUGAAUCAUGUCCUCGCUACAAAGUAGCCAGAGGCAUGAUCAUUUGGGUUGUCGGUUCCUUUCAUCCAUGGUGAUUUAUUCUUCCUUGGUCAAUGAAAUCACAUGUGAACUAUUGAAAUGAAUUUAACCAAACAAGCUUUCAGUUAGAAUGGGCAUAGAAAGAUAAAGGGAUCGGAUUUUGCUGCCACAGGCAAAGGUCAAAUGUCAUUAGGUCAUGUACAUUUUUAUGUGUACAUGGUAGUGGAAAAUCUCGUCUUACUACAAUAACUUGAGAACCAUGAAAUAAAAAAUUUUCAAACCAAAUUUGGUUUAAAUAUUAAUAAACAUGAUAAGACAAUUUGAUUCGAUUUGGUAUCAGAAGGUCAAAGGUUAUAAAAUCAUGUACAUGUGUAAGUGUAAAGUCGUCUGUUCACAGCCAGAAGGGCGUUAACUCUGCAUUAAACAACUCAAGGAAACAAUUUUAACCAACUUUGAUGAAGUAUUGGUGAAGUUUUUUUUACAUGAAGCAAUGUUUCAUGAACCACAAUGUACUUGGAAACAGUAUUUGUCAUCAUGCGUAACAAAAACCCCAAAGAAGCAACAUUUACCUUUAUAACACUGUGACCGACAAUCAAUUUGCUUGGAACCAUUUCAUUUUUUUCCAAUUUUGUAGCUUUGAUCCUUUUUUUUUGAUUUUUUCUAAAACACAGGGUAGUCAAUUUGUAGUAGGAGUAGAAUUUAAUUCAUUUAUAACAUCUGUCUGACUCUAAAGGUGUUUUGGGUACUGUCUUCAGUAUUUUCUUUCUAGUACUAUAAUAAAUGAUAUUUGGGUUAGUUAAGGUAAUUUAUUCUUCAGUGCUGUAGCAAUGAAUUGUUUUUUGUUAUAUGUGGUAGUCGUAUAAAUUUACUUGUUUUUAUAUUCCUAUUGUUUUUAAUAAUUUAGAAAAGGAUGGAGAAACUGAUGGAGAAAUUUAUGAUUUUUAAACUCUGAAUCAGCAUCAAAUUUCUUAAAAUAAAAACAAAAAAUUUCUUGCCCAGAAGACAAUCCUAAGAUUUACAUUUCUUAUAGGGACCAUAAUGGUUACCUUUGAAAAUGAAUGGGGCAGAAAUAUUAAAGUUUGCAGAUGGUUUAUGAAUGCAAUGUAACAGCAAUAACAAUGUUGUUGCAACUACAAAACUGUUAUUCUAAGACUGAAUGAUAACAGGUUAAUUUGAGAGCCAUGUCAGUGAUAUGUAUUGUCUUCUUUGUAUCAAAUUUGUUUCACAGUUUCAGAGGAAAACUGAUUAUAUAUAUAUUCUGUAAUAAAUGAUGGAUAAAUUAUCACACAGA